CACUCGGUCCGGUUAAAACAUACGUGAACGAUGGGUUUCCUGGCCAGAGGCAUAUUUGUGAUAUUAACGUUGGUUGCCGCAUUGCUUUUCCAACAGUACCGAAAUUUAACGAAACCGGUUUCAGCUCCGAAAAUCGAAUUACAAGAAUACUGGGGUACCGGUGAUGCUGAUAACUAUACAGAGCAAACCAGCGUUGAGCCGUUUGAAUUGAACUAUGACGAAGAAGUAAUUAAUACAUUAAAGAGCAAACUCGCAGAUUUUCCAAAUUUGCCACAGCCCCUUGAAGGAGCAGCGUUCCAAUAUGGUUUUAACGCAGAUAGACUACGCGAAAUCAUUGACUACUGGAGAUCGGAUUACCUCGAACGAUGGAGCAAACGGCAAAGCUAUUUGAAUCAAUACCCGCAGUUCAAAACACAGAUCCAAGGUUUGGACAUUCACUUUCUUCAUGUGAAGCCAAAGGGAGUGAGAAAUCCCAAACGAAUUCUGCCACUGCUGAUGUUACAUGGCUGGCCUGGUUCUGUGCGCGAAUUCUACGAGAUGAUUCCUAAAUUAACAACUCGAAGCGACGAAAAAGAAUACGUGUUUGAAGUUAUUGUACCCAGUUUACCCGGCUAUGGAUUUAGUGAGGCGGCAGCAAAACAAGGCUUAAGUCCAGCCAAGAUAGCUGUCAUAAUGAGAAACCUAAUGGCGCGACUCGGGUUCAAAAAGUAUUACGUGCACGGAGGAGAUUGGGGCUCGAUUGUGGGUAAUCUAAUGGCAACUUUCUUCCAAAACGAAGUGUUAGGUGUCCACUUAACGAUGUGUGUGAACUCUGCACCCAUUGCAACAGUGAAAACACUAAUCGGCAGCCUUGCUCCAAGUUUGGCAGUGGGUGACGAAUAUGUUAGCUACUACUAUCCACUCACGGAGAAAUUCAAAUUGAUUAUGACAGAAACAGGUUAUAUGCACAUCCAGGCUACUAAACCCGAUACAAUUGGUGCAACUUUAACUGGCAAUCCAAUUGGUUUGGCUGCAUAUAUUUUGGAAAAAUUUUCAACAUGGACUAAUCCAGCAUUCCGAGAACUUGCCGAUGGAGGUCUAGAUCAAUAUUUUACCCUUGACAUGCUAUUGGACAACAUAAUGAUUUAUUACUUAACCGAUUCUAUUACAACAUCGCAACGAUUAUAUUCGGAAGCGUUCAACAUUAGAGAACUAACCAAAGAGUAUGAUCGAAUUCCAACACGAGUGCCAGCUGCAUGCCCAAAGUUUCGUCAUGAACUUUUCCAGCAAAGUGAUUGGGUCUUACAGGACCAUUACCGCAAUAUAUUGCAUAGCAAGCACUACGAAAAUGGUGGUCAUUUUGUGGCGAUGCAGUUUCCGGAAAUUCUCUAUACUGAUAUUGUUCAAUUUGUAAAUCGCUUGUAUCGCCGGGAAGACCAGUAUUGAGCCUUUAUUGUUAUGUUUGUAUGAAUAGUAAACUUCCCAAGACUAACACAAAAAAUGCAUUCUGUUUAUAAAACAGAAUAUAUUGACAAAUAAAACGAUGCGACGCACAAGAAGAAUACAAAUUAUUAAAAAUAUCGAACGUUUUUACAACUACUCACCGGAAACAUCUGCAAACAUCAUCGCCGUCAUAAACUUUCGCGGUUGGUAAUCUUCAGCGCUGCACA